AUCUGUCGCAUUUCUCCUCCGCUACGCAGAACUUGAGACUCCCCCCAAACAGCUCUCUGGCAAACUCUGUCCCGGAGCUCUUGAGCGACAGGCCCUGAUGGCGGAGGAAGAGUGGAGGUCGCAGUCUGUGUUAAAUCGCCUCCCGUCGCCCGGUCCCAGCAGCGUCAGAUCAGAAACUUUAUUUCGUUUCAACAGAGUCGUCCCCGCAGACUCUUUUCCCGAGGAACAGGAGCUACAGAGGGAGGAGGAGAGGUCUGCGCUGCGACGUACUCACGACAUCUGGCACCGAAGGAGACAGCGGGCCCACCUUUUGUGUCCAGCCGGACACCCAAAGACCGAAACCGGUGACGUGUUCCGUUUCAGUCGUGUUCAGCCCGACCACUUCAACCCGGAUCGAGCUAGCUGGUUAAGAACCCAGGUGUUGGAAGGGGAACAACUCAAGAGCCGGAACCAGUGUGUUCUUAACCCGGAAGUAGGAGAUCAAAUCCCACAAGCGUUUCCAUCAAACCUGAGUACAUCUGUAGAGUGCAGACCCCUGUCGUCUCCUAUCAGCCGACCCCCAAACCCAACUCCCAACCAGUGGUGGAAACUAACUUUUUAACUUGAAAACUCUCCUGGAGGCUCACAAGCCAUUUUUCGGUGUUGUCUAGGAUCUAAAACACCUGCGUUCUUUAAGAUCUGCACUGAGUGAAAAUAGAGACAUGGAGGCUAUACAUGCACCGGGCUUUCAGCAAGCCCACCUUUUGCCCCCGGCAGGCAGGACAGAAGUAAAAGACUGUGACGUGUUCCGGUUUAAUAGGGUCACACCUUAUUACCCUUCCGACCCUUGCUUACGUCCCAAUGAAGGAGACAUUGUAUGUCCUCCUGAGAUGGAGCGAAUGAAUCGAGCGGACCUGCUCCCUGCGGCAGGAGUCGACUCCCGACCGCCCGGCGACACGUUCCAGUUCUACUCGGUCCGAGCCCCGGCAGGAUACCCACAGUCUAGCCAGUGUCCCAGCGCCCAGAGCUUCAACACUUACCCCUGUAAAUCUAUGGGACCUAUCUAUGAAGGCACAAAGUGCCCAUGCUCCAACAGGUGUCCAACAAGAAUAUAUAAGAAACCCUACGAUCUUUCUCAGAUGUAUCCCAAGUGUGUAGACCGCUCUCCUACCCCUCACUUUGUGACCCCGCUGUACUACGAAAACUCGCCAUACGUGCAACAGUGUACCACCAGCCCACUACAACUUUUCACAAAGACCAAUGGAGCUUGUCGUCAGCCGUGGUCCAAACACCUUAAGCCAGAGUGCCCUGGCAACCAGCCGUCCAUCGAUCCUAAUCUCAAUAUGUUUCUGCAUUGCCACAAAGGCGUCGGAAAUCAGAAGUGAACUUGGCAUAUGCUCUCCGAUUAACAUGAACUACGUUUGCAAGCAGUUUCCCGCCGUUGGGGCUCCUAAAGACUGUCCUUACUGGUUGCUGCUUCAGUUUGUCACACUGCAUGCACGUUGAGGUGUCAGCUUGUACAGAAAACGAUCUCUGCAGGACUGUGAAAAUACAACAGAGGCUCCGCAUAAAUAAUAUGAGUUUGUUAGUUUGUUCUCUACCUCCAUGUAUUCCUUGUCGUAGUCCGAGAAACAGACAGCAGAAUCACUCGCAAAAUCCAUCACAAUAAUGCAAUUCCAACAGC